AAUGUUGCAGAAGUAGCAAAGAUCCGGCAUUGUAUCUGUCUGGUAUUGUGACGUUUAUUAGAAAAACACAAUAAAAUCCUCCAAACUCAUAAAUAAAAGUGUGUUAUGUGAUUAAAAUUAUACUGUGUAAAAUUGUUCCAUUAUUUAUUGUGCUCCACCCAUUCUAAUCCGGUGAGUAUACAUUGAAAUAAAACAUUUUAUCAAUGGAGAUUGCUAGUUGUCAAAAUGGAACUGGGAAAAAUCCUAGAGUAUAAUAUAAAUAAGGUGAUGAUGACAUUGUAUGUUAAUAGUGUUUACUUCAUAAAGUAAUAGUGAAUCAGAGCAAAUCGUAGUGCAGUAAAAAUGCCAGCACCAACCGCCGCCGAAAAUGGAGCCCCUAGAACAGAACUACAAGAACUUCAGCUUAAAGCUGGUCAGGUCACAGAUGAGUCACUGGAAAGUACAAGACGUAUGCUGGCACUCUGCGAAGAGAGUCACGAAGUUGGCAUGAAGACCCUGGUCAUGCUGGAUGAACAGGGCGAACAAUUGGACCGAAUCGAGGAUGGAAUGGAUCAAAUUAAUACCGACAUGCGAGAAGCCGAAAAGAACUUGACCGGAAUGGAAAAAUGUUGUGGACUAUGUGUAUUACCGUGUCAGAAGGGAUCUUCAUUCAAAGAGGACGAAGGUACGUGGAAAGGUAACGAUGACGGAAAAGUCGUUAAUAACCAACCACAACGGAUGAUGGACGACCGCAACGGAAUGGGACCACAAGGUGGAUACAUCGGCAGGAUUACAAACGAUGCAAGAGAGGACGAAAUGGAAGAGAAUGUAGGCCAAGUGAAUACCAUGAUAGGUAAUUUACGUAACAUGGCGAUCGAUAUGGGUUCAGAAUUGGAAAAUCAGAACAGACAAAUCGAUCGUAUCAAUCUCAAGGGUGAGAGCAACGAAACACGCAUUGCAGUGGCCAACCAGCGUGCCAACAAACUUCUUAAGUCCUAAAGAGAGAGAGUGGUGGGGAUGAUUCAAGUCGCCUUUUAUACUUCUUUCUCAAUUCUAGAUGUUAAUCGGCUUGAUCAAAUAAUAGUUUGCACAUAUAUUAAUUUCACAAUUGUAUUUUUAUGUGAGUUGAAGCAAAAGGAAUGUGGUAAAAAAACAUUGUGUACUCUACUGAUUCGAAAACUUGUUAACGUUCUAUAUUCGGUAUAAUAAGUAGGAGCUUCAUUUUCUAAGUUGGUAGUGUCAAUAUCGUGGUUUACAUUUGUUUACUGUGACUCAGAACUUUCGAAAAUUAUGGUAACUUAAAUAUGUAAUUACAAAAAUGUUGUAUAGAAUUUCAAGAAGAUGUUUCGAACUUCAUUCGGAAAAUUUGAUAGAAAAUCUAGCAACACAUUAAAAAUGGUGGAAAAUUAAAAAAUAUAAACGUCUCAAUAACGAGUCUUUCUCUAAAAAGAUUUUAAAACAAGCACAUAUUGUUUGUUCUUUCAAUCAUUUCAAAUCAUUGUAAUAAAUAAAAUAAUGUCCCACAAUGUAUAUCUUUUACGUUACUCUAGGUAAUUUUCAAAAACUAAACUUAUUUAUCAAUAUGGGGUGGUGGGGAUGUUUGGUAUACUUUUUUUCAGUUUAAUGCCCGAAAAUUUUUUUACAAUUGUUUCUUAAAUUAUUUUUUUUUCAAAAUGGUCUUGAACAAAUAAAUAUUAAGUGGAAUUACGACCAAGCAACUAAAGAUGCUUCUGAUCACUUAAGGAGUAAUUACUAGCAAGCAAUUCAGGAUUUAAAUUAGGAUAAUGACUUCAAAUAGUUUUGAAAUUGAUUUUAUCGAUCAAAAGGUUAUUACAAAAUGAUUAAUCUACAGUCUGACUUGAAAUCGAACAUUUUUACUUAUAUAUUUCAUCAAUUCUUUUCACUAAACGUCAACAAUUUAUAUUUUAUGGUACCGACAAAAAAACAUUUCGAAUUGAAUGAAAGAUUGCAUUUCUUAUAUAAGUAGAUUAUUAAGUUUUCACAUGAUACACACACACACACUCUAUAUUUGGAUUCCUUUUAGAAAUAAAUGAUCUAGCUGCACCAGACCAAGCUCAUCUCUUUCUGUAUUAGCUAGGUGUGAUUCAUUACAAUAAUUUAGAAGAACAUUCCCUCUGAAAUUGUGAAAUGUCUAUGUUAGAACAUAACCGACAAUGCAAUACUUUGCCUUAUACCAUACACCAUAUUUAUUUUAUAUUUUAUAUAUUUUUUUGUACCCUAUUCCAAUCCUAUAUGUGGGUACGAAUUGGUCGAUCAGAUCGAUUGCUCCCAUAUGAAUUAGAGUCAUUUUUAGACUACCUAUUCGCAAAUUUUGGGGCCCUAAAUCACAAUUUAUCAAAACUGUAAGGACAUUACUGUCAUUUCAUCCAAUUUUCCAUAGGAACACAUUUGAUAUUUACCCCAUUCUUCUCAAGGAAAUGAAUCUUUAUCCUGUAGUUUUCUAUAAUUUACUUCCACAUAAUGGAAUAUUCCCACAGGACUUUUUUGUUAAGUUUAUUCAAAUUAUAUUCUCAGUGUAUCAAGAAUAUAAUUUUUUUUUCACAUAAUUUUUGUUGUAAAAUGGUAUUAGGCCUGUAGAUAAUAAAGAUAUAGAAAAAUAAGAAAACAUUUUUCAGUUUUUUCUAAAAAAAGCAGCAAGUUUUUUCGCAUAAAAAAAUAACUUUCAAUUUUCCACAAUAAACUCAGGUAGAUGACUGGUUAAAAAAGAGAGUUAGUUACCCACAACAACUCACUUCCACUGUGAGCCACAUACGAUUGUCAACUAAAACAUCUAUUCAUUUUUUACUUCACAUUAAAAGAUUGUCUGAAAGUUGUAAAUUUUUUUUAGAAACUUCUGAAUUGUCAUGCAAAUUUAGUUGUAAUUGGUCACUAAUAGGUUAAAAUUAGUUCAAACAAAAAAGUAUUUGACAUUUCUUUAAUUUUUUUAAUUUGAAAUUUUUAUCUGUCUUUCAAAAAUUAUAAGAAAAAAACUAAUUUUAAAACAGAAGAGACCUAAAUCAUCAUCAUAUUAUCUCAUUUUAAAAUAGUUUUUUGAAUUUUUGGCUUAAACUUUACACUGAAACGUUCAUUUCCAAUAUAGCACUGACAUCAGUAAGCUUGUGAACAAUUGACGACAUUGUUCAGUGGUUAUUUUUUUUCUGUUAUAAAAUGUUUCUAAAAUAGAUUUAAAAUAAGUAUAUAGUUACAAUUAUUGAAACAAAAUACAAUACUAUUGGCAAUCUUUAUUAUAAAUUAAAAAUAAAUAGUUUUAAUUCAAUAAUAUAAAAUGUUAAUAUACAUAAACGGCAAAGGAAGGAUUCCAUUGACAACGAAUGAGGAAAUAUCUCUUUUUAUUAUAUUCAAUCCCUACGGAAAUUGGGUUGCGGCCAAUUUUUAUGAAACUUGGCACAAUGAUAGUUUAUAGCAUGCUCAUUAAAAGUCUUUAUCGGCACGAAACCUCAAAACUCCCCAACUCUAAAACUAAGACUCCCCAAGUGUCUGAAGAUACCCUGGGAGAAAGGGAAUUGGCUUUGGCGAAUUGCUCUGAUUCUUGGCAAAAUAAUAGCUAUAACCAAGAUAAUUAAAUGUCUCUAUGGGCACGAAACCUUAAAACCCCAAAACCCUGUCAAAACUGCCCCUCUCUGAAUAGUCCGAAGAUACUCUGAGAGGAAGAGAAUUGGUUUUGGUCAAUUGUUCUGAAUCUUGGCACAAUCAUAGUUAAAGCAAGCUGAUAAAAAGUCUAAAUAGGCAUGAAACCUCAAAACUACCCCUGAAAAGUCCAAAGGUAGCAUGUUGAGAAAAAAUACUGAUAGUAGUGGUCUUCUUGUUGUGAAUAUAUUAUGUUACAACUCUAACAUCUUUAUAGUGAAUGAAGUAAGAGCUUUUCAGGAUGAUCCUCUGGCAUUUCGUCUAAAUGUAUUACGGCAAGCAUCAUCUAAUACCUGUUUUAUAUGUGGGCACAACGAAAACAUAUUAAGAUUAAGUAACAAUUUUUCUUAUUUACAUAGAAAACGUAGGAAUGCUUGAGAAAGGUUAGUUAGUGACCGGAACUGUUAAACUUUGCCUUAAAUGGCCGGGACUAUUUCAUCUCUCCUCAAUUGACUGAGGAAUGUUUAUGAAGUUACUUAUGCAAUUUACCUACACUAUUGACGACCCAUAGAGACCUUAAUUAGCGUAUCUUGAACUAUCAUUGUGCAAAAUUUACGAACAAGGGUUUUCGUGAAAAGUAGAAAUUAAACGUUUCGAUUAGAGUUUGUUAAAAAAAUGUUAACUAAAUAAUUAACAAGAAUCUACCUGUUUACAACUGGAAACUCUGAUGUUGUGGCUUAUUAGUUAUCAUAUUUUUAUUCUUCACAUUUUUUUUCCAAAGUGUCGUGAAAUUUAUUGAAAAAAUAUAUAAUUGCCAUUUAUAUAAAAAAAUUAAUUACAGGUAAUUGCGGCUAAUUUAUGAUAGGCAACCGAUUUUUAUUACUUUGCAUACUGCCAAAACAUUUAAUCAAACUUAAUUCUAUAAAAAAAACAGAUACUUAUAGAUUCAAGCAGUGGGAUCUUGAAUUAACAGACAGAUAAUCUACAAUAAAUAUAAAUUGAAAAUCAUUGAAAUUGAAAGCUCUUAUGACCAUAUGUGAUAAGUCUUGUAGUUAAUGAGAUACAGGGUGUCGAAUUGUUUUAUUAUUUUAUUCGAAGCAACUACAUAGGUUAAACAUAAAGGAAAAAUAAUACAUUUCAGAGUAUGUAUAAAUGUAUGAUUCGAAGAUACCAGGAUUGUUACGAAUAACAUUACAGAAUUGUAUUUGUGUUUAAUAUAGGGAUUGUGUAAAUGAGCGAUUUUAGAUAUCCUCACACACAAAAAUCCAGAGGAUUGCAUCCAGGUGACCUAGGGGGCUGGGGUGUGGAGAUCCUCGUCCGAUUGAAUGGUCUGGAAAAACGUCAAUUAAAAACUCACGCACAGUUACUGCAAAAUGUGGAGGAUAUAAUAUGGAUAAUGGAUAUCAUGAAUUAUCUUUGAGAAUAUUCCAAAUAGUUCUGUUACCAAUAUUCACUUCAUCAGCAAUUUUUCUGGUACUCGUUUCUGGAUGUUUGUUAUCAAUAAUUUAAAAAAUCUGGUUUUCCAAGUGUGGAGGUCUCGCAUUUCUGGAUCGUCCAAUAAUAUGCUCUGAUUUAGCAAAAGUUUCAUUCUCUUGUAAACAAUUAUGUAUCUUAGUAAACGAAUCAGAACAUGACAUUAAGAUUCGCUAAUCCAUACAAAAAGUACUUAUUAGCCAUUUCAGCAUUAAACGCUGGCAUUUGCGAUAGUUUUUGUGUUUGACUCAGCAUUUGACAACAUUAUUUCAAAGGCCACUUAGAAUAAGCAUGUUCUUUCGUAUUACUUCUAGUAGCAGAACCAGGAAAAAUGAAUUUCACUUACAGUCAGAGCUCAUUUAUUACAAACAAUUCAAGACUCUGUAUCUCAUUAACUACAAUACUUAUCACACAUGUUUAUAUGAAUUUUUCAUCUUAAUAGAACCAAUGACGUAGCGUGUACCAACACAGGCGUAUCGAAAAAAACCCAAAUUUUUCGAAAAAGCAAACAGAGGUACCUCCUAUUUUUUAAAUACAGUUGAGUCUCUACUCCACAUAUAUGAGACUAUGGUCGGUUUACUGAACGUUUGAACAAAAAUAUUAUACAAUAAUGAAAUAGUCUUUUAAAAAAUGAAACUUUUAAAAAAAGUAUAUACAUAACAUUUUUAACUAUGUUGGUUCCCAAGAUAUUUUAUAUAGAUACAUACAUGUAUAUGAUUCCUAUACAUCUCCGAAUAAAUUGGACAGGAGCUCUUUGAUUCUUUUAAUGCUAUGAAUCACUUUGAAUGACUCAUAGCAUCUUUAGCAUCUUCCGUUAUUCUGGUUUAUUCUCUCUUAUUGUUGAUCUUGUAUAUAACGUCUUCAAAACUUCAUAUUCAUGUCUUCUCUCACUUGGUUAUCCCCAUGGUCUAUCCUCUACCCUCCGUUGUCACCAAUUUCUAGCUUCUCUAUUACAGAUUCUCUCAACAUGUCCAUGUCAUUUCAACCUCUGGAAUUUCUAGUUUAACUAUGUCUUUUCCUUCUAAUAUCUCUUUUAAUUAUUUUUUAACAGAACCUAAUAUUUUCUCUUCGAUUAUCAUAAGAUUUUCUCAUUAUUUCUUCGUGAAACACUCUAUGUGUCAAUGGAUUUUCAAACUCUGAGAUUUUAUGAGUUUAACUAUGUCUCGCCUUUCUAUUAUUUAUUUUUAUUCCCUCUUCAUUGGUCCUAAUAUUUUCCUCCGAAUAUUCGAUGUUUUCCUCUUCUCUACAAGUCCAUGGCAUUUCAACCUCCGAGAUUUUAUGAGUUCAAUUAUGUCUUGUCUUUUCGUCAUUCAAUUCCCUAUCCAGUAACGUUCUCCAUUCGUUAUAAUCUAUUAUCUUUUGGACUAAUAUUUGUCCCUCAAAUAUUAUGAGGUUGUCUUUUAUUUCUUUAUGAGAUACACUCUACAUGACCAUGGAAAUUCAACGUCUUGGAGAUUUACUAUGUUUUGUUCUUUUAUUAUCUCUUCCAAUUGCUUGUUCAUUAGCCUUCUACAUUCUUCCUCAUCUAUUUUCUUCGAAACUAAUAUUUUUCCUUCAAAGUUUUUCUUCUUCUCUCUUCGCGAGACACAUAGUUUCUAUUACGUAGGUUUCUAUAAAAAAUUUGACGUUACGUAGUGGUCUUCAUCAAAAUAUUGACAUUUACAAAAAAUAUUUUUUCCUAACAAUCCCCAAACUUUCUUUCGUUUCGGCACUUCUACAUUUAUACUGGAAUUAAAUGCAAAAAUCUUGAGCUCCCUACAUGCUCCCUGAGAGAAUAUACCGCUGCUACAGACAAACGGAUGGCAAAACGAUAGUAAUAGCGCAUUCUUUUUUGUAAAAAAUGCGCUAGAAAGUAAAAAUUAUGUUCAUUUAUAAUGAUAAUUCCUAUUCGACCCACCUCAUACAUUAUGUAUGAAGAAAUAAUCAAUAUGUGUUUGGUUUUUAUUCAGACUUUCAAUCAUGCUUGUACAAUAUCUUUAAAACUAAAUUAUUCGAAGUUAUUCUAUCGCUUUCUUUAACGUAUGAGCUGAAAGCGCUUCCAGCAUCACGAAGUCGUAUAGAAAUAGGCUUCAUCUUUUUCAAGCAUUGGCUAAUUAUUUUUUGAUUAACUCAUUUAAAUUAAAACUCAUGAAUGGGUUUUUUUGAUCGUGGAAUUUUUCAUAUACAAUAACUAUUAUUUUAUCAUAUUUUUUAUUAGUUUCCAAUUGUCUAAUAACCUGGGAUCUGGUCACAACCUCUUGAAAUAUUUUUCCAAACAUAAGCAAGACUAUGUAUAAAUCUUAAUACUCCUGAGAUAUUCUAGGAAAAGAGAAUUAUGGAAGUGUUGGAUUAUAGAGACUUAACUGUACUGGUAUCACAGAAUUAUUAUGUGCUCUAGGGGGUACGGAAUAAACAUCAACCCUAUAAAAUAGCUAUUGGUCUAUAGAGAAUGGUAAAUAAACAGAGAAUUAGUAAUCAAUGAUCUAUGUAGUGAACCUAAAUAUUUAUAUCAUCAUUUGAGCGUACUUCAUAUAAGUUUUCGAAGCCAGUAAUAUUGGUUAUUGUUAAAUAUAUAAACUCAAUUUCAUGCUCAUUUGCACAAAAAUCUAGUUCUUAGUACUGCUUUUACCACAUUUCGUUUUCAACAAUGAUCGAGACCUUAUACUUGUUAAGAUGUAUUCCAUUUAUAUUUAGCAUAUAAUAUCAAUGUUUUUUUAUGGAAAACUAAAACGAUCGUAUGGAGAAUUUUUUAUAUUCAAAUAAUAUUAAUUUGUCGUGACAUACGCUUCACCUUUAUUUAAUAUACAAAUCUAACCUGAAAUUCAAUCAGAUAAUUGCUAAUUAUAUUUAUGUUGAUUUAGAAAUUUAGAUUACUUUUCUUAAUAAAUACCUACAACUAUGAUAAUAGUCAAUUUAGUAAAGUAUGGGAUUUCAAGUUUUGUCCUUGAUAACACCAAGAAUCUUCCAAAGAUUAUUAUCCCAACACAUUUAUAUACGAGUACAACAGAAAGAUAAUUGAAUCGGAAUGGAAAUCGCAUUCAUAUUAUUAUAUUGUCAGAAUUUAAAUAAAUCUUGCAAAAUAAAAUAAAACAAUUCUCCAUAUACAAUAAAUUUGUCACUUUUACAUACCUUUUAAUCACAAUCACUUUCACAAUAAUUUAUAAAUGAAUUAUUUCAUUAUUCAGUUUUUUAAUAUGAUGAAGAUUUUAACUAUAUUUUCUUCAUAACUCGUUCGAAAGUGUGUACUUUCAUCCCUAAUAGCAGGGACACAUUACACUACAAGGGCCAAAAGCUGAAAUCUCGGCUCUGCCCAAAAAUUCAGCUUUUGGCUCUUGUAGCAUAAUACACGCUUGUACUUCUCACAGGAAGUAAAUGUUAAACUUUCAUCACUGCACGAAAGUACGUACUUUCGACCGGCUAUGAAGAAAAAUAGUAUAAUACAUUACACGGGUCAAAAAAUGAAAUCUCGAUCUUGCGUGUCAUGAUGCUCGAUAAUUCAACUUUUGACCCCUGUACUGUAAUAAACUAUUAUACCUAUUAGCAUAUUGAAUACCUAAUACCAAUAUUGUUUUCGAAUUUGUUGCCGCAAAUUCACAAUUUACAAUCAUAUUGUAAUCAUUUUUCAGGUAUAUUUCGAAAUAAUUACACAGGCCAACAAAAAUAUAUAUUUCUGCUGUUUUUCAACUAUUCCUGGUUCAUUUUUUGGUACAAAAUUCAAAAUAGUCCUCAGAUUUUAUCUACCAAAUGUAUUUUUCGAGAUUUGCUACAAAAAGCUUUCACUUUAUGAUUAUUCCUAAUAUGGGUCCAGAGAUUAGUCCCAUAAGUUGUAAACUUAACUUUUGACCUAAAUAAGCUCCAUCUUAAUUUCCUUCAGCCAUUUAACAAGGGAAUUACUUAAAUACUGUCAGAUAGGGAUUAAAAAAGCUUCAGUUCCGAUAAUAAUAUCCAACCCAACAGUGAGGUGUUUUAGAUUAAUACCGAAGCUCCCUACAAACCAAUCCAUACUCUGGUGGACUCGGAAGGACAUAAAAACUUUUAGAGAAGAAUAAGAAUAUUCCUACUACCACUUACAAUGAAUUUUGAAUAAUUAUUAAUGGAGUCCAUUAUUUAUCACUGAUCACUUGAAAAAUUUAUUUCAUAUCACUUUAGUAGGGUAUUCCUGCUGUAGGCUUUAGCAACGGGUGGUCAUAUAGGUAUUCCAUCUUCCAAAUGUACUAUUAUUUAUUUGUACUUGUCAACUUUAAUUGUUCAAUUAUUAAUUCUUAUGUAUGUAUCUUCCAACCUUUUAAUUGACCCUUGGGCAGAGUGGUGGUAGAAAUAAAUAAAUAAUUAGAAACCAAACUGGUGAUUAGUCACGACCAACUAGUUGAAAAACAAAAUCACGAAAAACAAUUUUCUGUUAUCCAAAAAUUAAUUUUUUAUAGGGGAAUCUGUCAUAGGAAAAUUUUUUGAUUUUGUGAAUUUUUUUAUGCUAUAGAUACCAAGCUUUCGAACGACUUUGCAUCCAUUUUCAAAGCUGUAAUAAAUACCAAAUGAAACUGGUUCAUAAAAUAAUCAUUUUCCAAAUUGUUAUAACUUGUAUAUUAAAAUUAUGAGACGAAACCAAUAUCGCGAAAUUUCACAGGAAAACAUAUAAUUUAAAUUAUAUUGUGAGCUAAAUUAUCUUUAUAACAAAACUGAAAUGUUAUUUUGGAAUGAAAAACUUUUUUUCCUUUUUGAGAAAUUUCAUAAAAACUAAUUUCCUUGUUCCUACCCAUUUGUUACCAACUUAUUUUGACUUGUAUACGGGGGUAUUCACAAUUUAAUACUCCCACCCCUUUGUAUUAAAUUCUAAAUACACCCUGUAUAUGAGUUAAGAAAUCAACUCAGAAAAGUUGGUAACAAAUAUAUAGGAAAAAAUAAGAUUAGUUUUUAUGAAAUUUCUCAAAAAGAGUAAAACAUUUAUUACAGCGUUGAAAAUUGAUGCAAAGUCGUUCCAAAGCUUGGUACAGUAUGAAAAAAGUAAAAACAUGAAAAAAUUCUCCCGCGACUGCUUCUCUCAUGAUUGAAAAAUUGUUUUUUGUAUAACAGGAAAUUAUUUUCCGUGAUUUUAUUUAAUAAUUAGAGAGCCAUCUACAACCAGGAAUGAUUUUCAAGGAGAUUUUGUAUCACUUUUACCCAUGAACACCCAUCAAACGUUAUAUUUAUAUGAAUUGAGAUGAAGUAAAUUGUGGAUAUUUGAUAAGUUGUCUUGUUUGAGGAUCAUGAGAUAUACUGGCUUUCAUUUUUCUUUAACCCUAGUCAACUGACAACUAUCCGAAAUAAUUUUCAUUUCGAUUUGAAGCUUCAUAACCUUCACUUAAGUAACAAAUCUUUGUUGAUUACAUUUCUUUGGUCAAACCCAAUUUCUUUAUUCACUUUGUUGCCGUUUUUCAAUCGACAAACCACAACUUACUCAUCGAAGGUUUUUAAUUUCUUUCACAAAAAUGUUGUUUCCUAUUCUAUCUUCAUGGUAUACAUUUUAAAAUAUGUUUUAAACUGUGAGGCUCACAGAAUUCCAUGCUAUUUUACAUAAUUCAAUAGGCAGCAAAUAUUUUUAUGACAAAUUUUUCUCAUUUGAAAACUGCGUAGUUUGUUGUAUCUUCUUCAAAGUCGCUGCAAUCAGAUGAUGUAUCAAAAUCCAAACUGUUCACUGUCGCGAAUGUGAUUUACAUGUUUCACGUGCAAAAAUGAUAUUAUAAGCUCUUUUCACAAAGUCGAAAGUGAUUUUUUCUUCCAAAAUAUAUUUGCUAUUUACAUAACAAAAAAAUAUCGAUAUGAUUCACUGAGCUACUUUUGCUUGGAGAUGCCCUUGAUUUAGUUUAGUAUUUAGAUAUUAUAAUAUAAAAACAACAAAAGUUUACACAACAUAAUAUCACAUCUUUACUUACUUAAGCAAAAUACUGAAUUUUAGUCAUCUAAAAAGUAAAUUUUUAUUUCUUCUUUAUUAGCAUCAGAUAUAAAUAGUAGCCUAGAAGGCUUUUUUCAGAUUAAAUAGUGUCAUUUCUAGAAAAUUUAAUAAGACAACCUGUUUAACGUGAUACUGCUCUAGAACUAUAUUUUUGUGGUACUUAGAGACAUUAAACAAAAUUUUUUAUUGUUUUUAAAAACAAAAUAAAAUAAAAAAAGCAUUAAAUUCAAAUAAGUUAAUUUUUUGAGCGUAGUGCUUGAAUAGUUUGUAGAUUGGGAAGUUGCUCUGAUUCUGUUUAAAAAUUUUCCAAGGAAAGAAUCUAACAGGGAUAAAUUUGGUCAAACAACCGUCAUAUCUUCCAAUCCAUCUUGCAAAUAUAUAUCCAAACGUAACAGUUCUCGGAAUGAGAAUUCUGUUGCUGUUUCGGUUUUUCAUUUAGUUGAAUUCCCUUAAUCAUGGAGGAGGACCAUAUAUUUCUUGCAUCCACCUGAGAUUUUAAGCCAACCAAUAGUGACUUAGUUAUACCGAUAUUGUGAAAGCGGUUUUCUUCACUAUCCAAUAUCUUAUUAAAAAGUUUCUCUAUGUAUUAAUACUUAUAUUAAUAUAUAUAUAUAUAUAUAUAUAUAUAUAUAUAUAUAUAUUUAUAUAUUUAUAUAUUUAUAUAUAUUUAUAUAUUUAUAUAUAUUUAUAUAUAUUUAUAUAUUUAUAUAUUUAUAUGAUAUGAUUUGAAAUCCGUGGGUUGACUUCAAUUAUAUUCUGCUACAAAAGGUUUAAGGCGAAAAUUUGAAUAUUUUCCGCUUGGAAAAACAACCAUUACCUAAUUUUUCGUUCUAAAGCAAAAUGAUUUUUCUAUGGAGCACGUGUGCUGUUUCUUCCAACGGCUUCGAUCUGCUAGAAUAUUUUUUAUUAGGAUAUAUUUAUGGUUUGCGAAGAUCGUUUUGUUUUUCAAAUGAAAUAAAUAAAACUCUAUUUGUCGUUUCUACGUAUCUACCAUAAAAAUAGGUAUCGCCAAAAUACUGUGAGAGUUGCUUUUACAGGAUGCUUCAAUAAUUUUUUUAAAAAUGAUAACAGAUUUAAAAUAUGACUUUGUAACAAAGUAACUGCUUGCUUAAAACGUGUAAUACUAUCCACAGUUUAUAACUGUCACAUGUCAUUGUCGAUAGUUCAAAUAGUUUUCGAGAUACAUAUUGGCCGAAACACCCCCUACAUUUUCUAGCCUUUAUCUCAAAAACGUGAGCUGAGAGAUAAAAUCUGGUGGACUUUUUGGCGUCAGCACGUUAAAAAUAUUCAAAUUUGGGUGUUAUAUUUCUGGCAUCAAUUUAUUUUCUUUACUUUGUUGGCAUGUGUUAUUGAUAUAUUUCGACUAUUUUUGUAUUUUCAAAAACACAAUCUCGCAAUUCUAAAUAUUGACUUCCAGUUUUUUUAUGAACUUUUUUUAGAUAAACAAAAUAUAUGCCAUUCUUCUCUUCACAAAUUUAUGUAGACUAAUUCAUUACUAAUAGUAGCAUCUUAAAGCUUUGAUUAUCUCCAUGGAGUUAGUUGAAGGUUAUAUCAAUAGAAGAGUAUAUUAAUUUCAAUCAGAUAUGGGAUUAAUAAUUCUUUCUAACCACAAAAUGAUUAUUUCCGUUCAAACGCUAAUUGAUAUCACGAAAAAUAUUUUUUAGCUAUUGUAAAAAGGAAUCUUAGAAAAUAUUAAUAUUUCCAUAUCAAUUUAUUGAGAGUCUUUCGUCUAAGAAGUAAGAAAAUUUUAUGCGUUAUGUUAAUUGCUCUAAGAAAUUUUUGGCAGGUCUAAAGCUCACAAUCCCAACGUUAAAUUUGCCAUAUAGUGAAAUUUGGCCUCAAAUAUAUUUAAAUUUACUUACGGGAAUGAAGGAAGUAGGUAAAGAAGUUUGGUAGAUUCAGAGAAUGUCUGCACGUAAAGAAUUACUCAAUUAGCCAUACUAUCCGUUUUAAAAGGAUAGCUUAUAACACUAGGUAUAAAAAUAACCAGAGGAUAAACAACAUUGGGGUAAAAUUAAUCACUCUAUUAGAAAACCCUAUAACUUUCCCAAAAGCUGCCAAAUUGACAUUUGUGGCAUGAAUAAACGCAGAAUAGGUUUUAUUGGUAUACCAUGAAUUCCGUUGCAGAUUUUCUGGCCUUCCUUCUCGUUCUUCCUCGGAGCAACUGUACUGUUGAGAACAUCACUCUUGUUGUCCAAUAUGUUGAAAAGAAGCCAGGAAUAUUGACCACACGACGUUCCACGCCAUUGAGAAUUAGCAGGAAGAUUUGUAUACAUUUCCUUACAAAGUGCAAAUAGUGCAUCAGCUGUUUACCGCGUGUAACGUACGCUCAAUAUUUUGCGAAUCUCAACGGAGAGCUAAACGAUUUUUCAUAGAACAGUGUCAUGAGCGAUAAUGCUCAUUUCCAUCUUAGCGGUUGCGUGAAUAAACGAAAUAAUCGUUUCUGAUACAUCGAAAAUCAAUGUAUAACCCAAAAAAACCAUUACAGCCGCUGAGAGUUACGGCGUGGUGUGCUGUUUACAGACUCUUCGAGACUUUUUUUGGGAUUUACAUCAAUAAGCCUCAGACUCUUGAAGUCCUUGAAGGGAAUUUUUGUCAGGAAGCGAAAGCUUUCCGUCUGAAGUUCUGGCAAGACAGAUUGAAAAAGCCAAAUCAACAUAAACUCAACUUGAUGAAAUAAGUUCUAAAGAAUUAAAUAAACAUGUUUCUCAGUCGUUAAUUAUUAAAAAUAAUACUGCAAAAGAAUAUUGGGUGUUUACUUUUCCCCAAUGUAAAAAGAGUGUGGAAUUUAUCUCGGAAUAUCAAUACACAACUUUGUUAUUUUGUUAAUUAUUACGAUAAUUUUAAAAGUUGAGUAAAGCUUGUAGGCCUUUCUAACAAUGAUACUUUUUUUUUCGAAAAAAUCAAUCCAAGAUGAACUUUUUACAGUUAUAUGAGUAGGUAAUAUUCAAUUUUGCUAGUUCUGAAAAAUUCAAUCAUAACAGAAGAAAUUUUUCCUUAUCAACACAAAUUAACACACACAAUAAAUAUUGUCCAUAAUUUAAUUUCACCCUUUCAGUACUAGGUGAAAGUAAUAAUGCAAUAACAUAAUCUUGCAAUUAAAUAGUGGUAAUAAUUUCUAAAGAUUUAGUUUCAUUCUCAAUGGAAAUUAUAUUAGAUUUCAUUAUAUAAUUCUAGAUUCCAUUUUAAAUACGUAUACAGUAUUUGAACGGAAAUAUCAGCUAAUUUAAUUGGAAAUAUCAAAAUAUAAAACUGAAAUCAAUGUGUAUUGUAUUGUAACAAAGUAAGCAAAUGUAUUCUCAAAUUUAAAAUUACUGUAUCUAUGAAAAAAGCCCGAAAAAUGUAUAGUUAAAUUUUCAUAAGCAGACAUUGAAGGUUGUGAAAAUAUUGUUAUUAUUUUAAUUCUUUUAGUGGCAUCCGCUGUGGAAAGGAAUGUAUCCUUCCAAUUUUACCUUACUAAAUUUAUAUUUUCAAUUCAGUUCCAUGAUCAACACUAAAAUAUAGAUGAACCAAAAUUAACUCCACUGAUAUUAACUAAUAAAAUGUAUCUGUGUCUAGCUUCUUGAGAAUAAUUAAUCUUUGUUUUGUGAUAAAGUUACAUUGUUGUUAAUUUUUUUCAUAAUGCGAAAUGUGUUGUAUAUUAGCUGCCAAAAUAAAGAAAGAGACUGUGAUUAUAGGUUCGUUAGGAAAUAAAAUUAUAUGAUAACGGGUUUCAUUUCGCCCUAAUGAAAAAAGGUUGAUGGUAUACCAUGUAUUUACCAUAUCUAGUGAUUAUUUUGUUUUGAAAAAUCAAUUCCAUUGAUUAACUUCCUAUAGUUUGUUACUUUGAACAGUAAUUUUUAAAUAUUAUUAAUUUUCACAAUAUAUUCUAUUGUAAAUGUCGUGGUUUAUUUAACCAAAAUUUGUAGUGAUAUUCUCAAGCGAUGAUUUAGUAGGUCUAUCUUUCGAUUAUUUAGUUGAGAUACUGUUAUGAGGGGUAUGAUUAGGUGAGGAUUAGCCCUGAUCGCGGUUCUAAAAGGGUAUCAGAUCUCUAUUAAUCUCUUUCAACUGCGAUCAGGGCUACUACUUAUAGAUGAGACUUAGAGUCUCCACAAGGGUUGACAAUUUUUGAAACAAAAAAAAUAUAAGUGAGAUAUGAUCCAUUGAAAAAAGAAGAUAAUAUAAUAAAAAUAAAAGGAAAAAUAAGUUACGGACUAUCUAAGGUCGUGGUGGGGAAGAGGGUGAGUUGUAGGUAAUGAAAAGAUCUACAACUUUUUGAGAAAUUCAAAAACCAAGGUCUGGAUUAGGUGAAAAUUCACCUUUUUAUGUCCCAAAUACAUUACAAUUUAUUUUAUUGGAAAUAUUCAAUUUCUAAUAUUAUUUGGUCUCAAUAUCUAAAAAGCACCGUAAUUAUUAAUUCUCCCGUCAAAAUAUCAGUUUUUUUUUUGAAAAGUCGGUGAUUUUUGUUCAUUGAAAUCUACUCUACUUUCUGAUGGUGUGAAAAAUAUUACGCUCUAAUUACACGAAAAACGUGAGAUUCCAUGUUACUUGAUCAAACAUAAGGGUUGUAAAAUUCUUAUAAAUAUCUAAAAAUUGUACGUAUUAAUUAGAAAAAGUUUUUGGGUACGAGUUUUUUCGCUUUUUUGCCUUUUCUAAAGAAAUUUACCAUGGCAAUAGUGAUAUUUUUUAUACCAUCAGAAAGUAAAGAUUUCCUCUAACAACUCACCGACUUUAAAAAAAAAUAAAAUAUUUUGACUGUAAUUUUCGAUUGAAAUUUACUUACGGUGCUUUUUCGAUAUAAAGUCAAAAUGAGAUGAACAAAUAAAUAUUUCAAAUCAAAUAAGUUACAGUGGUUGGGUCAUAAAAUGGUAAGUUUUAAUUAAAUUUUUCGCAUAAAUUUUGAGGUUAUGUGAAAAAAGUAUGAGUACAAAAGUUUUAGAUCUAUAGUACUUAUAGUUUUGCUGGCAAUCGAGAUAAACCGGUUUUUACCAUUAAAAACUCACCCUCUUCUACUUCCAGACCUCAGAUCGCCUGUAAAUUAUUUAUUCUUCCAUAUUUACUAUAUUCUCCUCCUUUUCCAAAGGGGUUCAUCCUACUAUUAUUUUAUUUACUUUUUAUCACUUGCAAGGACUUCUACACUGGUCUAUUAACUAAAUCAUCACUCAAACUAGUGGACUUAUGUGGUUUAUUAAAUCAAAUUAUAUGUUUUUAGGGCUGUUUUCAUUGAGUUUUUCGAACAUUCUUGUAGUCCUCUAUGUGUAUGUAUAUUUGUAUGUAUUUAAAAAGUUUUUGUCGGACAAAAACCUAGUAUUUAACUUAUUAGAACUAAGUAUAAAAACUUUAAUAACAGUUAUGUUUCAGUUAAAAAAAUAAGAGUAUAUUUCUGUAAGCAAUAAAACUAUUUGUCCAACAAAAUUUUUUCAACGUUAUUAAUGUUACUAGUCCACGUUUUUUGGUAGAAAAAAGUCGAUUGUUGUUUAAAAAUGUUAACGUUUACAAAAAAAAAAGAAUUGUUAAAAAGUGUUAAGAUGCAUAUGAAUUACGACUAUGUAAAUAGGUUGACCUGUAAGUAAAUGUAUAUAGUAUAGUAGUGUACUAGUAACAUCUCAAUCAUCUUGAAAAUUUGUCUAGUUGAUUGGGUGUCGUUAUACAAACGCCAUUUGGACAGUGUUCAAAACACACUUAAAAAAAUUUUAUUGGUGAAGUUUUCGGUAUAAAGAUUACAAGGCGUGUUAUCAAUCACAGAAAAGUUGAAAAAAACCGAUUUGACGAAUUAAUUUUCAGCAAGCAGGAAAUUAUUCUAAAACGUGUGUAAUCAAGUUUGUACCAUACUAGUCGGCUUAGCUUUUAGUAGCUGAAAAAUCGCCAAAUUUUUGCACUUUAUAUCAUUCUAUUUUAAAACACAGGGGACUAAAUUCUACGUUAACUUUAGAAAAUCAAAUUCGGUUUAUUGGUUCAGUCAAAGUCGAAUGUUAACAACGAGGAAUAUUUCGUAUUUUCGUGAACCUUACAUUAUGCGACUCUCCAAGACCACAUAUGUUGAAAACAGAUACUCCUAUAAAAAAAUCCAUGGAAUAAAAGUUUUGUUGGACAUUCUGAGUAAUUUUAUGUCCUUAAAAGUGAAAAAAUAUCAACGUUUUGCACCAAAUCAGCACUUCAUAUUGCUUAUAACUAACUUUUGAAGGGAUUCCUUCAUUAGAGAAGAUCGAACAGCGUGGUUGUAUAUCAAGAUCCUCUUCAUCAAGAUUAUCUUUAACGAGACUAUCCUUACUAAUUUCUACUUCCACGGCAAUAUGAGUUAUAUUCUUAUCCUAGGAGGAUGUUGAAUUCGAGCAUGACUGGCAGUUGCAGUUGAGGCAUAUUUCUUAAUACGUCAGCACUUCUCUUUAUACUCCUUUGUACCUUUGCAGGUAACAGUGUUGAGGAUUUCAACUGAAGCUGGAUCCUUAGUGUUUAUGAUGGAGAGGAGGCCAAGGUCCGUUCUCCUCCAUCUCAAGCUCAAGGGAUUCUUUGGUACAUUAUACCAGCCCAGGAUUUGAAGAUAGUUAGUGAUCUUGAAAAUGUCUCGUACCGUUGACUUGCUGAAAUGAGAACCUCCGGAUCGGCAUUUUCUUAUUGAGAAACCUUGACAGUCUCUUGUAGUGUCGUGUUCCUUGCAAGAAGUUUGACAAACUUCAACUUCAUCUAAUAAGAAGUACGUGGGGAAAUAGAAGGUAUUCUGAGGGGUACCCUAUCCACUAUUCAUGACGUACAUGGUGGAUUUGAAAUUUUAUAUGUCAGUCGACGCAAAGCUUAGUCUUUUGUAGUUUUGAAUAGAAUGACAUUUUCCAUGACCAUUCUCCAAAUACAAUCAAAAAUAUUAAAAUAUUUCAAUAUUUCGGGUUUUUAUUAUCAAAAGUUAAGCUCAUAAUCUGCAAUGCAUUUUCGACCAAAUAGAGGUAAAAUGGAUAAUAUAUGAAAGGUUUAAAAAUUUAUUGAAUACAGGAUACGAAAGAGUCAGUUAGGACCACAGAUUUGUCACAGUCGUUCAUUCACAUAUUCACUUUAAAGUCGACAUUCCAAAUUUUAUACAAAAUAAAAGGGUUUGGCAUAAAGUGGGUAAACCCAAAUUUCAUAAUUUGUAUGCCAUUAACCUUGAUAUGAAACAAACAUAAAACAUAUCUUAGCAAUUAAAUUGAAAUUUGCUCAUAAGAUUCCCUUAUAAGUGAUUUUUUACGGAAGUAUGUGUCCUCCCCCCUCAUACAACAAAAUUGAUUAGCAGACUCUCUGUAUUAAAUGACUGGAAUCCAGAUAAGUCUAAACUUGAUAUAGAUUUCUCCAUUGUUUCAAUUUUAAUACAGGCAUAUUUAAAUAUUUCUAUAGAUUCACAAAAAGUUAUUUCCUCUUUAUUGUCAGCAUUUUUAGGAAAUUUACAAACAAUUGGAAAUGAUACAACCACAGAAGUUACCUCAUGAAUGUCUCGGAUGCUUUUGUCAGAAUCUAUUGCUUCAGAAACUUUCUGUCAAUGUUUCUCGGUUCAAUGAACGAUUUGUUUCACCCACGUAUCUGUUAGGCAUCUGAAACAACAAUAAAUGCAGUUAAAUCACGUAUUCUUCUAAUUCGAUUUGCACUAAGACAGUUAGUUUUUUACCUUUUAUCUAAAUGGAACUACUCGGGUAUUAUAAAUGAAGUUCUAAAUGAUCUGUAUGGAAGGUAAACGUGAGUAGAAGUCUGUCGAAAUGCCUGUAAUUUUCAGCUCUUCAUAAUUCAAUUCGUCUACAUCUUCAGUCAUAGCACACAAUAUAUCUGCAGGAGUGGGUUGUUAAGCUGUAAUUUACAGACUUAUGAGCACUUUUUGAUCUCUUUACAUAUAUGAGAUCAUUCUGCUUACCUAUACUCUACCCUCUAUAGAGAAGUGAUUUACAUCCAGUUCAUCUACUAACUUUCUGAUUGUUUCCCCAAUUGGAGUUUUCAGUAUUUCGAACUCUUUCAGUUUCUUCAAAAUUUCAUUCAAAAGAUUUUGUUCAGCAUUUUUCCAUCUUAUACAACAGCUCUACAUUUUUUGACAUCAAAACUUCGAAACAAUGAAUUCAAAUCCUAAUUCAUUUCAAUGCAACAAAAGAGAAUGAAAGUAUAAAAAUUUUCAUCUGCGAAAAGCAAAAUGAAAAAUUCCUAUUAAUUUGAUCUAAUAUACGAAGUAGUCAAAAUAUCAAUAUUUCGUUCUGAUGAAUAAAAAUCAAUUCUACAAUAGCUCUAUGCAAAAGUUCUGUAUUUAGAGUCGGUAUUAGCUUGUUUAAGUACAAAAUUUAAUCAUCGAAGUUUGCUGGUAUCUACGUAGAAGUUUUCAAUAGAGGUUUUUUUCAAUUAAUUUAAUAUUGUCCUGUUAGACUAAACUAACUAUUCAAGCUAGUGACUGUACGACUUAAAACUUCACCGACAUAACAGUGUUUUGUAAAAGACGCUCCAGUAAAAUUGAACGGAGAAUAAUUUGGAAUCCAUGAUAAAAAACAACAAAAUGAACAAAUUUAAACAUAGUAAUGGGAAUAUAUUUACUGUGAUUAGUCAUAUCCAAAUUAACGCUAAAUAAUUUUGACAUAAUUUUUAAUUUUCUAUAUUUUUCUGAAGCUUAUAUUCAAAUGUCUGACAAGUACCAUACGGUAAAAGUCUUCCGAUGGAAAAAAUGCAAUUUUUUUGAUAAAUAUAACUCCUACACAAAUGAAUGUUUGUUCUUUCACUGAUAGUAGAAUUUUUGACACACUCGUAUCUAAUGGCUUCUUUCUUCUACAAUUUCUUAUGGGUAUCAGGAAAGCUAUUUCCAAGUAGUAGAUACUGAAAGAGUAAUAUACAUUUUGUUUAAAUUGUAUCGAUGAUCACUAAUAUGUUGAUAAAUGAAAUUUCUGGCGAAUAUUAGAGCAUCCUGUGUCGGGUACGUUUCACCUGUUUCAACAGAGCUAAUGGUAACUUCGUAUUUACGUUGGCUCCAAUGCCAUUGAUUCGAUUGCAUCUGUAAAUAAUUUUUGGUACAUACGAAAUUUCACUAAUUAUUGCAGUUCCCAUUUGUUAUUUUUUAUGACAAUGAAAUAUCAUUAAGUCAAAUAUUUCUUCUUACUUUCUUUUUCAAUCUACUCUUUAUCCUAUUCACAAUCAUCUUACUUCUGAAAAACUUUAUAGAUCAAGAGCUUGAUGUGUCUGGUAUUGAAAUUUUAGAUUUAAUGCUGUUUAUUUAUACUAAAUAACCUAAAGGGUGAUAUACUAUGCAAAGAGUCAA